CUUCUUCAUUCCUUCGCUUCUUCUUCUUCUUCUUCUUCAUCUUUUUCACAGUCUGGUUUCCACCAUGCAAUUGGUGAAGAUAAACCCAAAAACCCUCUUCCGGUCCAUUUCCAUGUCAAAGAAGAGUAGAUCUUCUUUGUCCCAGUCCGACCCUUCAUCGUUCACUUUAUCUUCUUCCUCAGAGUCUUCUUCUUCAUCAUCGACUCGCCUGAAAGAUGUUGUUGGUGGUCCAUCUACACCUACAAGCGUUCUUCUUUCUCACCCACAACAAAUCGUAACGGGUAAGUUUUCCGAUUUGUCGGCCGAUAUGACCUUCGAGCUGGUUCAAUCGUUUAAGCUCAUCGACAAAGACGGUGACGGUAAGAUAACGAGGCACGAACUUGAAGCGUUGCUGACUCGGCUUGGACUCGAGCCGGAGAGCGAAGAGGAGUUGGCUAUGAUGUUGAUGGACGUUGAUCGGGAUGGGGAUGGGUGUGUGUCUUUGGAGGAGUUUGGUGCCAUCAGCUCGGCUUUUGGCCCGGCUUGUGGCUCCGAGCUGCGUGAUGCGUUUGAUUUCUUUGACGCUAACCGUGACGGAAAGAUCUCUGCUGAAGAGCUGUUGAGGGGCUUUUUGGCUAUUGGGGAUGACCGGUGCACGUUGGAGGAUUGCAGGCGUAUGAUCGAUGGUGUUGAUUCCGAUAAGGAUGGGUUCGUGUGCUUCGACGAUUUCUCGCGGAUGAUGGAACGGCAGAGAUGAAUGUUGAUGAGGAAUCCCAAAUUUUUUUUUUUUAAAAUCUUUUAUUUUCUCCCUUUUGGAGGAUUUGAUUGUAUGUUUAUAGGUUGAGUUCGGGUUUGGUUACACAUUUUUGGGAUCUUUUAAAGGAAAGAUCAAAAUUGACCGUUC